AUGAGUUCAGCAGAUCCAAAUGAAAAGUCAAACAGAGCAGCCGAAUUAGCUGAAGCUCACAUCACUAAUCGAGAAACACCGGCAAGUGAUCCACAUAAGAAAGCUGAUGCCGAAAAUAUAGGUUGGAUGUCAGGUGAUCAAUUUACAAUUAGUGAAACACCUGUAGCACAUGUUGGCGCACAAGUUGGUACGAAGGAAUAG